CUCGAAAUAAAAUUUUAAAAUUUCCAUUAAAAAAACUCACCAUCUCCUCCAAAAUAUUCUUAGCCCAGAGGAUUGCCAAUCCCAAUCUCUCUGACUCUCUCACCAUAUAUUCUCUCUCUUCUCUUUUUUCCCCUCAAAUUCCAUCUCUUUUGAAUUAAUUAAGAGGAGUGGAAUAACCAAAGAAAGAUACAAAAGAAACAGAGAGGGAGAGCAGAAGGGAGAAAAAGGAUUAAAAAAACAAUAAAAUGAGCAGAAAAAUCUCUUCUGUUUCCAUUGUCAUCAUUUCUCAACUCAGAUCUUAAUUUGCUUCCCAUUUUCUAAUCUGGGUCAUUUCCAAAAUGGAAUUCUGGGUUGUUUUCUGAUUAGUGCAUAAAGUUUCUGAGAUGAUCCUAGAUUGGAUUUAACAGCUACCCACUUUGUCUUUGGUAGUAUAUUCUACCUGUAAUUCAUAACAAAAGAUAAGAUGGAAUCAGAUCUUGGUAAACUCUUCAUUGGUGGGAUAUCCUGGGACACCGAUGAGGAACGUCUGAAGGAUUAUUUCGGAAAGUAUGGUGAAGUGGUGGAGGCAAUGAUCAUGAGAGAUCGUGUCACAGGCCGCGCCCGCGGCUUUGGUUUUGUUGUGUUUGCCGAUCCUGCUGUUGCCGGGAGGGUAAUUUUGCAUAAGCAUAUGAUUGAUGGUCGCACGGUUGAGGCAAAGAAGGCUGUUCCUAGGGAUGAACAGCUCGUUCUAAACAGGAACAUGGUUGGCAUCACUGGACCUACUGGUCUUGGUCGAACAAAAAAGAUUUUUGUUGGAGGUUUGGCAUCUACUGUAACCGAGGUUGACUUUAAGAACUACUUUGAUCGGUUUGGUAAAAUUGUUGAUGUUGUGGUGAUGUAUGAUCAUAACACACAAAGGCCGAGAGGGUUCGGCUUCAUCACUUAUGAUUCAGAAGAAUCGGUAGACAAAGUCCUGCAUAAAACAUUUCAUGAACUUAAUGGGAAAUUGGUUGAGGUCAAGAGAGCAGUGCCUAAAGAACUAUCUCCCGGUGCCACCAACCGCAACCUUACAAUCGGAUAUAAUUAUGGUUUGAAUAGGGCUUCCAACUUCCUCAAUAGUUAUGCGCAGGCAUAUAAUCUAAGUCCGGUUGGAGGCAUUGGGGUUCGGAUGGAUGGUAGGUUUAGUUCUCUUGUUGGUGGGCGAAAUGGGUUUCCUUCAUUUAGUGCCACUGGCUAUGGAGUAGGUAUGAAUAUAGAACCGGGAAUGAACCCAAACUAUGGUGAGAAUUCCAACUUUGGCAACAGUCUUGAAUACGGGCGGAUAAUUAGUCCCUAUUUCGGUGGGAAUUCAAACAGAUAUAACACUCCGAUUGGCUAUGGUGUCGGAAGUGGAAGAAAUGAUCCUGUUUUGAGCCCCACUACUAGGAAUGUCUGGGGAAAUGUUGGCCUUAGUAAUGCCACAAAUGCUUCCACCCCUGCUAGUUACUUGGGGUCUGGAAAUGGUAGCUUCAGUUCUUUAGGAAAUAGUGGGGAAAAUUGGAUCCCUUCUCUUCCUUCUCGAAGUGGAGGAAAUGCUUCUGGCUAUACAGGUGGGAGUGCCGAUGACAACUAUGGUUUGGGAGGGGGAGGAUACAGAAGAAACGUCAGCACUGUUUUACCUCCAACAUCAUCAUUUGCUGGACCAACUGGUAAUAUUGAAGGUUCCUACAGGGAUCUUUACCGCAGUGGUCCAGUGUAUGGUGACUCAACUUGGAAGUUUGAAGCACCUGACUUGGAUGGUUCUAGCUCAUUUGGUUAUGAGCUCGGCAAUACAUCUGCAGAUGAUACUGCAAGAACCUCUGAGGAUUAUGUUGGAAGUUACAGUGCUGCAAGUAGACAGUCCAGUAGAGGAGUUGCUGCCUAGGAGAUCCGUUAUUUGGAUAUCAGAUGCUAUAAUGUUGGCUGAAAGAAUGUGCACAAACAAGUGAAGUAUUUGUGAAUUCGAUACAACUGACUCAUUACUAUGUUGGCAUACACACAGAUUGAUCUUAUGGGACUAACGACUGUUAAUGAUUUGAAAAUACUGAAUACACAUUCAGAGUGAGCGGUUUCAAGCGAUUUUUUACAAGGUUUGGGGUUUGAAUUUGUUUACUUCUCUUCUUUAUUUUAAUAGUGAAAAGAAUUUGGGUUCCCUUCUUGGUAUUUUGAGUGAGGUUUACAAUCAGAAUGCGGGAUGUACACUCCUGAAGAUUGGUUCGAUUUAAUGUACAAUGCAUCUGCAGCAACGUGUGCCAGGAAUGGUACAUCGAACAAUAGGGUAUCGAUUAUUUUUCCUUUUUUUUUUUAAAUUUUCAACUGCUGUAAUGCCUGGCUGAGCUGCUGGGUCUUGUCCUUGUGUUUUCUUGGUAUUAUCUGGGAUUGUUUCUCUUUGAUUUUAAGGAGUUUCGGUUCGAUUUGCUAGUGUGAAUCGUUAGAGAAAUAUUCAUAUAAAAAUGCCAAUAAAAUAAAUUACAAAAAUUUCUGAUUCGUUUUUUU